UGGCAAUGAAAGAAACCUUUCCAUUUUACAUAAACACCAGUCCAGUUUGACUAGCAAAGAGCUAAUAUUGAUCAAUUGAGCUCAUAGGAAGGAAAAGAGAGAAGGAAGAUGACAUGAAGAGGAAGAAAUAGAACAAAGACAAUAACUUUCUGAGAUGGGUUUUGUGAUAAUUGCGUAGAUUAGACAAUUCUGUUCUUCAGUGGCGCGCAGGAAAGAGGGAGUCGACAGUUCGUCGAAACAAUCAAUCAAACAUCAUGGAAUCUUCUACCCCUGAACCGCAAGUCCCCCGACCUUAUUCUCCUACUCCAGAGGGUAUUCGAGCUUACAAGAUCUUCUGGCGUGUUCUUCUAGUCUCAAAUCUCGCUAUCGGAGCUUAUAUGUUUGCAUCUGCAAGUAAGAAGGAGAAAAGUGGGACAGAUCGUAAAAAAGCUUCGAAAAAUUCAUCUUCAAAGCUAGAGAGACGCAGAACUGUGUCUACUCCAGAUCCUUUAAUACCUACUGUAAAUCCUCCACCUGAAAAGGUACAGCAACCUAUUUCUGAGGAUCAGCAGCAGAACUUAUUCAAAUGGAUUUUAGAAGAGAAAAGAAAAGUUAAACCUGUGGAUCGUGAAGCGAAGAAAAAGAUUGAUGAAGACAAGGCUGUUUUGAAACAAUUCAUCAGUACCAAUUCUGUUCCGAAACUCUGAUGGAGGAGGUUUUCAAUUUUCAUUAGUAAUAUUGAACUUCAUUUCCCAAUUUAUCGCGCAAAAUAGCAGUUUUUUGCUUAAAGCGAUUUCAACUAAUAACUAGUAUUGAUUGUUUCUCCCUUACUUAGGUCAUUGAUUGUUACAAUCUAGACAGUCUGUAUGUUUUUUCUUGUCAAUUAUUUGAAUUUGACAUUCCCCUGUUCUGUUUUAGCUGAA